CCCAUGCUAACAAGCCAAAAGUCCCCCCACCUUUGUGAUUUCGCCUCAUCGCAGAUCUCAUUCAAUAGCCAAACACCAUCAUCGCCCUGUUCAAACCAGCAUGUUUGCUGCAAAACCCACCUCAAGAUUCGUCUAUUUGACUGUCACCCUUUUGCUGUUGCUGAGUUUUUUCGUCUCUAUUACUGCCUAUGAGACCAGUGAUGGUAACGGUGAUGGUGAGGAUGAGUUUGAGGGCAUUGAAGAGCUUAUAGCAUUGGAUGAAGAGGAGGAAUCGCAGCAAAACCAAGGGAGCCAUGUGAAGUCGACUGAGGCUGAGGUUAUAGUCAAAGCCCAAAGGAUAGUACUUGAACUCAACAGUGAUAACACCAAGAGGAUCAUUGAUGGGUAUGAGUAUGUUUUAGUUCUGGGUUAUGCCCCUUGGUGCCCCAGAAGUGCGGAGCUCAUGCCUCAAUUUGCAGAGGCGGCAACGUCGCUCAAGGAAUUGGGGAGUCCUCUGUUGAUGUCCAAACUCGAUGCCGAGCGGCAUCCCAAAACGGCGUCGUCUCUUGGGAUCAGUGGCUUUCCAACUCUGCUUCUGUUCACCAAUGGGACUUCUCAACCUUACACUGGUGGCUUUUCUUCGGAAGAAAUAGUGAUAUGGGUAAGGAAGAAGACUGGUGUACCUGUUAUCAGGAUAAACUCGGUAACUGAGGCAGAAGAGUUUCUUAAGAAGCACCAUAUGUUUGCUAUUGGUUUAUUCAAGAAAUUUGUGGGACGCGAGUAUGAGGAGUUUGUAAAAGCUGCAACUUCUCACAAUGAAAUCCAGUUUGUUGAAGUGAAUGACAUCGAGGUUGCCAAAGUUCUCUUCCCUAACAUUAAACCUAAUAAUCUUUUCCUUGGCCUUGUUAAAAGUGAGAUGGAAAGAUACACAACAUAUGAAGGCACCUUUGAAAUGGACCAAAUACUGGACUUUUUGGACUACAACAAGUUUCCAUUGGUUACCAUAUUGACUGAACUUAAUUCUAUCAAAGUAUAUUCGAGUCCUGUCAAAUUCCAGGUUUUUGUCUUUGCAAAGGCUGAUGCCUUUAAGAAUCUUCUUAAGCUUCUACAGGAUGUUGCAAGAAAGUUCGUUUCCAAGAUAAUGAUUGUAUACGUUGACAUUACUGAGGACAACCUUGCAAAGCCCUUCUUGACUUUGUUUGGGCUUGAAGACUCAGAAGACACUAUAGUGACUGCUUUUGAUAACAAAAUCAGCUCAAAGUAUUUGUUAGAGUCAGAUCCAACACCAAGCAAAAUUGAAGAGUUCUGCUUAGGGCUUCUGCAGGGUACUCUAUCACCACACUUCAGAUCACAGGCAAUACCAGAUAACAAAGAGGAAAGUGUCCAGAUUGUUGUGGGAAAGACAUUUGAUAACUUGGUUUUGAGCGGUGACAAGAAUGUCCUUCUUGAGGUAUACAGUCCUUGGUGCAUUGAUUGUGAGACCACGAGCAAGCAGAUGAAGAAGUUGGCAAAGCACUUCAAAGGGUUAGAUAAUCUAAUUUUUGCGAGGAUAGAUGCUUCUGCAAAUGAACAUCCAAAACUGAAGGUAGAUGAUUACCCAACACUCUUAUUUUACAAGGCAGAUGACAAAUCAAAUCCGAUCAAGCUUUCUACAAAAUCUAGCUCAAAGGACUUGGCAGCAUUCAUCAACAAAAAUAUAGGAGUCCAAGACCAAGUAAGCAAAGAUGAACUAUAGAAAAUUAUAGAGAUACAAAACAAAUCCCAAGACUUCAACUUCCAAAAGAAGGGAAGACUAGAUGGGGAUGAGUUCAUUUAUCCAGGGACUUAGCAAAAUAUAUCAUAUUUAGUUAUUCUAAACUUGCUUGAUUAAGUGAUAGUUUUGCAAACAGUGAGUAGGCAAAGCCCUGAUAGAAACCAAUGCUACAGAGUUUGCCUAUAGUUUGAUGACUAAAAAUUUUGGCUCUUGUAACCUAAUUAUCAUUAAUAUGUAAUUUAAGAAUGUUGAUUGCUAGAUAAUGACAUGAUAUCUGGGAAA